AUGCGCCCCUCCAUGAAGGCCAUGGCAGUAGAGACUCAAGACCGCCUCGCCUCCACCGGCUCUACGGCAACGCUGGACCUUCAAGAAGUCCUUUCUACCGUCAUAGGCGAGCCCCUCUUGUCAACUCACCUCAGUCUCCCCAGCGUCGUGGAACUCGCCCAUCCCGUAUGCGAAGUCCCACCAUUUCCCUCGAUACGCGAUGUGACGAUGUCCGUCCACGACCGGUCAACAUCCGAUGCACAACGUGUCUCUCGUUCGCCGGUGGUUCCAAUCGCGGACAACGUUUCUCGGUCUCUCAUUACUUUGCCCACCGGACCUCGCCUCAAAGUGAUGAUGGUCGAGAAGAUCUCUAUACGGGCUUGGACUGAAUCCGUAUGCACGAGCUUCGUCUGCGACACAAUGCCGAAGGACAUCGCAACGCGUGUCUUCUUCCCCGCCCCGACUGACGAAGACCCCGCUCGCCUUGCGACCCACUUCUCUGCUGGAUGCGACACCCUUCUGCCCGAAUCUGGAUGUAUCGCUUCUGCCAAGCGAAUUCCCAUCAUCAUCGACAUGCCGCUCUCAUCUUCUUCUCAAUCAACGUCGACAUCUUCCGUCACCUGUUCUUCGCGGGAUUCUUUCACUCUACCUAGCUCUCAGCAAAUGGACUCACGUUCUCCUACGGCCUUGCCCUCAAUUACCCUCUCGACCUCGACCGCCGCCCUUCCCCUCACUCUCGACUCACCACCCAACAACGGACAGAGUGUCUCGCUCGCUGUCCGUCGGGGAAAGAAAUCGCUUCCUGCGCUCUCUCUUGACUCACCAAUCUCGUCAAGUGCUCACGAGGUUGACUCGUACCCAGACAUUCCUUCUGCGUUCUUAGGCUCCCCGACCCUGCACUCGCCGUCUUUCCCGUUCUCAUCUGGCGAUCCUUCAAAGUUCAACAUGGGUCUAUCUGCGAUGUGCAACAAUCUUAAGUCUCUCGUACCACCUCCGCCGUUCUCGCCUACGGAGCCCUCCUUCCCUCUAUGCCCUACUACGGAGCCCAAAACGCGAUGGGGGACAGUCAAUUGCGCCCAGCUCUCAGACGAAGACGAUGAAUGGGCAUUCGCUCAGGACCUAGUCGCUGAAUGGCAUGCAAGUCGGGCCCAAUAUGCCGAGGUCUCCCCCCCACCGUCCCCUAUUGGCACACUUGCGUAUUCUUCAUCCUCUUCUUCAGCUCUCGAAGAUGGAUCUGUUCUGGCGACAUCUAUCUCUGUUGGGUGCUCCGACGGCCUCGCGAAGAAGCAUGCUACAUCAAGUGCGAAGCAGAUGCGGCGCAAGACUGUGAUCAUCCAGGCACCUGACAACGAAUGCAGAGCUCUCGCACCUACCACGACCCUCAAGAGGGCAGAACUAGCUCGCUCUAGGGCCGCCGACUGGGGCACAGAACUCUUUCCGGACUACUUCGACGACCCAGUUCCAUUCGUCAUCCCUGCUAGAACUGCAGUCUCCUCCACACCCGCGUUGAAUCUGAACCCAACGAACGAACUCAUCUCGCCCGGUUGUCCGCUUGGCUCUGUAACCGCGAGGGUGCCUGUUCGGGGGAUUCUCAAGGAGAGGAAGAAUGUCCGCUUCUCCGUCGUGCCUAGCUUGCACGACGCCACGCGUAAGGUCACCCCUCCGCUUCUCCCACUUCCCGGACACCACGAGCGACCCUCCGUCGGGCGCAUUCGAUCAAGACCAGACCUCUCAACCGCCCCCAUCUCCACCCUGGCCCUCAAGCGGCUCUGCCCGUCCGUCCAUACACCCAGGGACGGCCCCCAGCGCGCCGGUGCAACGCAACACACGCCUCGAGUCGAGCAAGGGCGGUGUCGUCGCGACCGCGCCCGGCCAGCAUCCCCCCCGCCGAAGGGCCCAUCACUGCCGGUGCGCGCCCCUCCGCUCACGAAGCCCCCGCGCAUGGCGACGCUGCCCCCGCCGGCGCGCGCGCCAGGAUCCUCCAUCAGCGCGCGGCUCAGCUUGAAGCUGCCCCGGGACGCGAAGAAACCCAGGUCCCAGCCACAUCCCGUGCUCUCGCCAGAGUCGCGCGCGCGCGGCGGCCCGAUGCCGAUCUCUGCGACGCGUCUCGGUGACAUGCGCAACGGCCCUGUGGAGACCACAUUGACAUUCGGGUGCCCCACGACGACUUGCGCGAAGAUGGGCGGCAAAGGCAAGGCGCCCGUGGCGAACCGCCCUGGACAACGUACGGCGGGCCUUGCGGUCCAUGCUGGCACCCGUGGGGCGAGCACUGCAGCACGCGAGCGGGGGGAGCGGGGGGUUUCAGCGAGCGCGAAUCCGGCCCCCAAGCAACCCGGGAACCGGAUGUCUACGCCGUUGCGGACCAUCUGGACCAAGUUCCGCGCCUAG